UGUGUCGCCGGGAGCCUCUCAUACCUCUGCUGAUGUGGCCAGAGCCGCCUUGCAGACUGUUGGUGUUAAAAAGGGUUUGAAAACUGCUUCUUCGUUCUUCAUCAUCGCCAAGGAUGACAAGACCUUCCUCUUCUCUGACUGCGGUUUCUGCAUCGCCCCUUCCAUCUCGCAGCUCGCCGAGAUCGCCAUUACGACCGCCCAGACCUGCGAGGAUGUCUUAGCCACCACUCCCCGUGUCGCCAUGCUCAGCUUCUCCACGUUUGGCAGUGCCAAGCAUGAGUAUGUGACCAGAGUUGAGGAGGCUCUCGCUCUUGCUCGCAAGGAGAAGCCUGACCUCGCCAUCGACGGUGAGAUGCAGGUUGACGCUGCCAUCGUUCCCGAGGUAGCCGCCAAAAAGGCUCCCGGCUCCAAGGUUGCCGGCCAUGCCAAUGUCCUCAUCUUCCCCGAUCUCAACGCUGGUAACAUCGCCUACAAGGUCGCUGAGCGUUUCGGAGGUUAUCAAGCCGUUGGUCCCAUCUUCCAGGGGCUUGCCUAUCCCACUAACGAUCUUUCCCGGGGCUGCCACGCUGAGGAUGUCGUUGACGCUGCUGCUGUGACUGUCCUUCAGGGCUCCAGCAUCCCCAUCCCUACUGGUCCUGCCCCUGGUGAUAUCCUCAACUAA